AAAACAGAUGAUGAGCAGUGUCGACCGUCGGGUACAUUGAUAGAAAAUUCGCAUAAAAAAUAUUCGGGUUGUAACGAUUUAUUUUCUAAAGAAAACAAUAACAAUGGCUACUAAAUAUCUUCUUUCAUCAGUUGCGAAACAAUCUCAACAACAAUUUCGUUAUUUUUCUCAAACACAAUCAUUGAAAAGAAUUGAAAAUGUAAUGAUUAUCGGUUCUGGUUUAAUGGGAUCCGGUGUUGCACAAUCAUGUGCUACAAGUGGCCGAUUUAAUUCGAUUACAUUGCAGGAUGUAUCUCAGGAACAAUUGGAUAAAGCACGUAAACGUGUUCAUCAAAGUUUAUCCAAAUUGAAGGAACAAAAACGAAUCAAUAUUGAUGAUGCUGAAGCGGUAACAAAUCGUAUAACAUUCAAUACACAAUUAAAACCUGUUGAUGAUAAAAAUUUAUUAAUCAUUGAAGCUAUUCCAGAAAUAAUGGAUGCAAAACAAAAAUUGUUCAAAGAUUUAUGUGAACAAUUUAAAUCAAAUGAUUCGGUCAUUUUUGUCACAAAUACAUCAUCAUUACCUUGUUAUGAAAUUGGAACACAUGUUACUUGCAAAGAUCGUUAUGGUGGUUUACAUUUUUUUAAUCCAGUACCAUUGAUGAAAUUAGUGGAAAUUGUUCGUACAGAAAAUGGAACAAGUGAUAAAACAUUUGAAGAUCUUCGACAAUUUGUUAAAGAAAUUGAUAAAGUUGGUGUUGCAUGUAAAGAUACACCUGGUUUUAUUGUCAAUCGUUUAUUGGUACCAUAUAUGCAAGAAGCUGUACGAAUGUUAGAACGUGGUGAUGCUACUGCACGUGAUAUUGAUACUGCAAUGAAAUUAGGUGCUGGAUAUCCAAUGGGACCAUUCGAAUUAAUGGAUUUUGUUGGAUUAGAUACAAAUCAAUUUAUUGUUGAUGCAUGGCAAAAACGUAAUGAUCCAACAUUGACUAUUUAUCGUUCUAAAACAAUUGAUGAAAUGGUUAAACGUGGUGAAUUAGGUCGAAAAACCGGAAAAGGUUUUUAUGAUUAUUCACAAAAGAAAUGAACGUGAAAAUGCUGAAUUUUUUAAAUAAACCUUAUUUUUCUUGUUAUUAUCACCAAUAUAAUCCUAAUGAUGAAUGAUAAUAA